AUGCCCUCCUACUUCUACCAUAUAUCUUUGGAAUUACUAUCUGGCAAUCCGGAUCCUAGGUUAAAUUCUUAUUCGCAGUCCCUUAACGAUAGAUCCUUUGAACCCCACGCAUCGUCGUCCGGUCAUAGCAAUCAUAGCCACAGUGAUCAGCAUAUAAUUCAAACUUUCAGAGACGCGUUUCAGCCCUUUCAGCAGAAGAAGAGGCUUAGAGCUGGGAAGGGGGUGAAGGGGGAUAGCUAUAGCUAUAGCAACGGCGGUUUUCUGAGGGAGAGUAGAAAUAGUGUUGUUGGGGGAAAUAGUGCGGGGUUAAGGGAGGUUGAUCAGGAUACGAACGGCAUUAUCCAAUAUCGAGCCUCGUCGGGCACUACCACCACACCCACCGCUGCAACUGUGAGCACAACACCUUUUCGCGGCGCUUCUCAGCAAGCUGGCCCUUAUCCGCAUCAAUAUCGCGCACAACGACUAGAUGACUCAACUGCCAUCUCACCAUUUACUUCGUCUUCUACCUCCUAUUCUAAACUCGCAAACGACAAACGCUUAGAUCAGAUCUCCAUCGCAAGCAUCGACAUGGUGGUAUCGGAGCGGAGCAACGGCCAGGGCCAAAGCCAGGGCGAACAGCAGACAGAAAUCCCCCAACAACAGGUUAGAAAAGGCAACAACGGUGAUAGCGCGAAUGGCAACCAGAUCGCCAAGGGCAUCGGGACAAGUGUCAUAGGUGGCUUAGCUACUAAGGGCAAAUAUAUCCCGCUCGACCAGAAAGUCUCAGAGAGCGCAUGGGGUAUAGUGCAUCUAUACCGUGACGUAGAGGAGUCGUCUGCGCUCUACAAGGGUGAUGAUGACCCGUCGUUUUUGAAAGGGUCAGCGCUGGCGCGCAGUACGAUGCUUGAUGGAAAUGUUGGUGGCAUUGGUAAUAACAACAGUGGUAAUAGAAAGUAUGGCAGUGCGGAUGUGGUGGGGGAUAUUGAAGCUGCUGGACCUGGAUCUGGGUCUGGAGGUGGCGCUGGAUCAUCACAUUCUGUGGAGGAUUGCACGACGCUGUGUAUACUCGCAGUGCCGUCGUAUAUGUCUCCAUCGGACUUUUUGGGGUUUGUGGGGGAACAGACGCGUGAUGAGGUCAGUCAUUUUCGAAUGGUUAGGACCGCGCGGGCAAAUCGGUAUAUGGUUUUGAUGAAAUUUCGGAGCGGGAAGAGGGCGAAGGAGUGGCAGCGGGACUGGAAUGGGAAAGUUUUUAAUUCUAUGGAGUCCGAAACGUGCCAUGUGGUGUUCGUGAAGACUGUAGAGAUCCAGGUCGAAGCUCCUGGAACAGAGAGCAAGUUUCCGGACAUGAAUAACGACCCCUUCACGCCCUCAACGAUGAACCAUACCCGUAUGCCCUCAAAUUCGUCGCCCGUUCAGUCUGCUACCCUUUCUACGUCCUCGUUAUCCACUAAACCUCUAGCUCCUCCUACACCAUCACUCAUAGAGCUACCAACAUGCCCCGUCUGCUUGGAGCGCAUGGAUGAAACGACAGGCUUGCUUACGAUAAUUUGCCAACAUGUCUUCCAUUGUACGUGCCUACAAAAAUGGAAAGGCAGCGGAUGUCCCGUGUGCCGGUAUACGCAGGACGAAUUUGGCAAGAGAGCAGCGUCACACUUUGAUUGCGACCAGGAGCUCACAGAGUGUCAAGUCUGCCACUCAGAAGCGAAUCUUUGGCUAUGUUUGAUAUGCGGGAAUGUGGGCUGUGGACGCUACGACGAGGCUCACGCAUUUGCGCACUUCAAGGAAACCUCUCAUGCAUUUGCCAUGGAUCUAGCUUCACAGCGUGUCUGGGACUAUGUGGGUGAUGGCUACGUGCAUAGGAUUAUACAAAAUAAGUCCGAUGGCAAGCUUGUGGAAUUACCCGCCGCAGGCGAGAGUGCUCUCGAUCCACCAGACUGGGCCGAUGCGGUCCCACGCGAAAAACUGGAGAACAUGAGCGUUGAAUACACGCAUUUGCUAACCAGCCAACUCGAGAGCCAACGGACAUAUUUCGAAGAAGUUGUCGAGCGCGCAGCUGAUAAAGCAUCUGUCGCUAGCGCAGCUGCCACUGCCGCGCAAGAAGCGGCUGAAGCGGCGGUGAAAAACCUUAGCACGCUCCAGUCGCAAUAUGAUACGCUUGUUAAAGAGACCAUUCCAAACCUGGAACGGGAGAAAGGCCGUGCAGAGCGGCGGGCGGAGAAAUUGGAAACGAUGGCUCACCGGAUGGAGAAGGAGUGGCGGGAGGAGAAAGCUAUGAAUGGUAGUUUGAUGGAGAAGAUUGAGUUUCUGAAUGCGGAGGUGCAGAAGUUGACGGUUGCGAAUGAGGAUUUGAAGGAGCAGAAUCGGGAUUUGAGCUUUUUUAUUAGUGGAGUGGAGAGGCUGAAGGGGCAGGGGGAGGAUGUAAUUGAGGGGACUGUUAGUGUCCCGGAGCCUGAGGGAGGCGGGAGGAGAAGGCGGAAGGGGAAAGGGAAGAAAUAG